AUGGCUGAUCCAGUUGGCAUAACCGGCACAGCCGUUGGAACCGUUUCCUUUGGACUUCAGCUAUACAGCGGCAUAUCAGAAUACCUCGAUGUCGUUAAGGGGCGCGACGAAGACCUCCAAUCGGCGAAGGAAUAUGUGAAGAUACUGCGGGAUAAUCUUGGAUUGAUCGAAGAGACCAUUGGCGCGAUCGGCGGCGAAUAUACAGUGGCUAGGCAUGCUAUUGAGCAGUUUAAAUACUCAUGUGAAACUGAGCUCAAGGGCUUAGAGGUAUUGCUUCAAGAACUGAAAGGUCCCUCGGCGGAUCCUACCAAUCGCACAGAACAGGUCAAGAACUCUAUUCGCAAAUUCAGCUAUCCUUUCGAGAAACAGGACAUUACCAAGCUUCAGGAUAAAUUUAUCUAG